AUGGCUGCGCAAUGGCCUGCACAGAAACCACAAGAUGCUCUUCUUCGACAUCCCCCCGCGGGGAGCUAUGUCCCUGACUCGAUGCGUGGAGAUACACGACCUCAACUCGGCCCUAAUUUUGAAAAUCAAAAUCAAAAUCCCGAUUGUUCGGUUGAGACUUACAACUUGGACGAAAUAGCACCGAUCGCUCCCAUCCCAGCUCCGGACAGCUCAAUUUAUCAUAGGAAUAGUCUAGAGCGCGCCCGAGAAACCCAUAUAGAACUUCAAGAUGAAGAGGCUCGCGUUCCAGAUGGGCAUUUGCCUACUACUGACAAAGCUCUCACGUUCACUACAAAACUUCACACCCACUCCUAUCUCAUCUUCUUCUCCAUCAUGGGAACGCUCGCCAGAGAAGGUAUGACAGCUUUACUCGUCUAUCCUGGGGCACCAGUCAUCUUCCCAACCCUAUGGGUUAAUUUUGCUGGGUGUCUCAUCAUGGGGUUCCUAGCUGAGGAUCGCAUGCUGUUUCGCCAUGAAUGGGGAGAAGGCACAUACUGCAAGGAAGAAAACCAAAGUCCGGACACCAGUGGAGCAGUCUCGGAUGACUCGACCAAAGAUCAAGGAACUACAGACCUUGAGGCUGUAAAGAAGGCACAUCUCAGUGUCAAAAAGACAUUGCCUCUCUAUAUCGGCCUUUCGGUCGGGUUCUGUGGCUCAUUCACAACCUUCUCAACAUUCAUCCUUGAUUCUUUUCUCGCCCUUUCCAACGAACUUGAAACUUCUUCUGCGCCGACAUCAGACCGGAACAAGGGUUACUCGUUCUGUGCACUUGCAGCCGUGGUCUUAUUGACUGUUCAUGCCUCUAUGGGUGGUCUAUUUUUGGGUGCCCAUAUUGCCAUACUAGCGGACGACAUCAUGCCCUCACUGCCCUACCUCUUUAUGCGCAAGUUUAUAGACCGACUUGCAACCAUUCUCGGCUGGGGCUGUUGGAUUGGAGCGAUAUUUAUAUGCAUCUAUCCACCACAUGAUGAGUGGCGGGGGAGUGUUCUAUUCUCCUUGGCCUUUGCCCCUCUGGGGGUGUUUACGAGAUUCUAUCUUGCAAUCUACUUGAAUGGCAGACUUCCAACAUUUCCCUUGGGGACAUUUGCCGCCAACGUGGUAGGAUCUCUAAUUCUUGCUAUAGUUUGGGAUAUAUCCCAGAUCUUGGCACGGCCUUCACUUGGACACCAGUUGCUUGAGGGUGUCAAAAAUGGUUACUGUGCCGUUGUCACUACUGUUUCUACCCUUGCUCUGGAGCUCUCCUCCCUCCAACGCGAACACGCUUACAGAUAUGGCACUAUGAGUUUCUUGGUGUCUUUUGGGUUGAUGGUUAUCAUUUCUGGUAGUUUUAAAUGGACACGAUGA